AUGCAGCAAGGAGCUUACGUACGACCUGGCAUGCCAGCCAUGCAGCCUGCCAUGCCAUUUGCUGUCGGACCUGCAAUGCAACCUCAAGUGCCGCAAAUGCAGUCCCAGAUGCAGCCCAUGCCAUUUGUGGGAAGUCCAUGGCCACAAACAAGUCAACCGCGAGCCCCAACCGCCUUUCCACCGCAUUGGAGCGCACAAACUGCGGGUUACAACCCAGCUGGAGACCCAUUGCUAAGCCAAUCAUUUGGUCAGUCUUUUGGAAUUGGGCCAUCAGCGUUGCAGCCAUCAUCAUGGCCACCAACCCAAGCUGCUGGUGAAAUUGCUGCAAAUGCCCCCCAGGAGGAUUUGGCACCUGGUGCUCAUGGUGAUGAUGGACAUGACGAUCACGGUCGUGGCGGUCAUGGCGGUCACAGCGGUCACGGCGGUCAUGGUCACGAGAUGUGGUUGGUGCAAAAGAUCCAAGCAAGCCCUUGGAGAUUCUACUUUGGCGGCUUCUGCUGCCUUCUGUCAUGUUUUAUCCUUAUCGCUUUGCUCCUGCUGGUGGGUGUUCCUAUCCUGGACCCCCGUCCAAAUGACAUUGUGCCUGUCAUUCUUCGCGAGCACAUUGCGAAGAAGAGGCAGGAUGCAGGCCGCAGCAUCAAAGAGGUUGCUUUGGCAUGUCCCGGCUGUGAAAACCUGGAGGAGCGAUCCGAGCGAAUGUUUUACCUACACAUACUUUAUGAAGUGGAGCAUGAAUCUGGCACGCUCUGGGAAACUGAUGUUCUGAAAGGCAUCCGUGAUGUAGAGCAGAAGAUCUUCGAGGCGAAGGGCCUUGGGCCAGAUGGCAAGGAUAUGUGCUUGCUUGCCAAGCCUGACGAGCAGCUGAAGGGACUUGGCCGGGAGUUGCCGAAAACACCAAAGUGUGCUUUCGCCUUAUCUCCCCUUCUCUUCCUGGCGGACAAAGUGAGCUCUUCAAAUGUUGGCUCGGCAUCGCAGCAUCUGUGGCUUCCUUGUACACUUUUGCAGCUAGCAUCUGCCAGCAUGGCUCGCCUCAUGGUGUCCGCGGCCCGCUGCAUGCUUCUCAGCAUGCUGGCGCUGACUGUGAUGCCUGGUGUCUUUGUGACGCCACCGUCAGGGCAGGUUUCAAAACCAUGCAUCCGCGGCAGCAACAUCAGCAGGAUGCAGAGGUCAGAGCCUCCGAGCAACGCCGGUACCAUGCUCAUGGCCGUGAUGGCUGGUGUCAUGGUCGCUGUCGUCUCCCCGGCAAGCAGCUGGGCCGGCACAGGUGGCGCCAGGCCUGACUUCCAGGUGGCCCGACCUGGCUAUAUGCAGGGCAUCGAUGCUGCCUUGGCCGCCACGAAGCCUGGUGAGAUCGACCACCGAGCACGACUGUUUGAAUGGUAUCCUAAUCCCGCAUCAUUCUUCCCCCAAGUUGUCGAAGAGCUGAAGCGAGAGCAAGUGAAGCUGGAGGCGGCCCCCACCAAGCAGGAGCGUCUGGAGAAGAACAUGAAGCAGAUGCAAGAGUAUGCCAAGACAGCCGUCUUUCAGGAUGCGGAAGUGUUCAUGUGCUUUAAGAGCAAGCGUGCCAAAGCUGUGACCAGCAUGGCACGGCGUGCUGCGCUGAAGUCUGUCUUCAGUUGGACUUCACGUUUGCUGAGGCUGCCUCUCGCCGACCCUCCGCCUUUUCAACUAAAGACUGAUCACUUGACGCGUUGCGUUGUGCCUGAUAAAGACGUCCAAAAGGAGGAGAUGGGAAAGGUUACGGGCAGCUGGUUCAUGAGGAAGGCCACGGAAUACUACGACAAGAAGCUGGGACAGGAUCCGAGCGAGGACUUCGUGGACGGCUGGUGCACUGAAGCCUCUAACCACCUGCCGCCGGAGAUGCGGGAUUGCGGCUGUCUCGCCCUGGUCUACAAUGACGUUCAGAUGGCAUUGAACUGGGACAUCAGCUUGCAGCAAAUGUGGGACUUUGAGACUGGCUUUCAGAAGCUCAUGCAAGCAGAGGCCAAAAAGGCAGAGGCUGACGCGUAUGUGCAGAAGGUCCUCAACUACUGGACAAGUGACAACGCCGCGCAUGCAUUUUAUGCGCGCCGGCGGGUGAUGGACCGUGUGAUUCCUCAUCCCUUCGUGAUGGCUGCCGCUUGGAAGAUCACUUUUCAGAUCGGUUCCUAUGCCGUUCUACACGACGAUCGAAGAUCCGCAGUCGCAGCGGGUGCAGGAGUGUCGGUGAAGGCACUCCACACGCUCUUCUUCUUCGGCUUUCCGCUGCGGAACAUCAACGAGCACUGGACUGGGUUGAAUGCCGAGAAGGGGCGAAACGAGGCUUCAGACUACAUAAUGGAAUGGAUAUUCAACACCUACAAUGACCUGCUUGUGGACUUGAACAAGCAAGCCAAAGGCUUCAAGAUGUCUUUCGAUGCGAACAGUCUGCAAAACGGCAGCCCGCUUUUGAAGCAGUACAUUGCCUACAACAUCCCACGAGAUGCCCGCUGGAUCACUGCCUCCAUCAUGUUCAUGUUGGCAUAUAUAUCCUAUACAACAGGCUCUGUUUUCCUGGGUGUCUCUAUCAUUGCCAUGAUUGUCUUCGCCUUCGGGCCAGCCCUACUGCUUUACACGAUGGUCUUUGGGCAGAGGUACAUUGGACUCCUGCACUUGAACGGCCUCUUUAUCAUCUUGGGCGUUGGAGUCGAUGACGCGUUCGUUAUCAUGGAUGCGUAUGGCCAAGAGAAGGCGGAGGCUGAAGCUGAGGGACGACCAACCAACUUCAGUGCCAUUAUGUCUCCGGCUGUACACCAUGCCUCGAAGGCAUGUCUGUGCACCUCCUUGACCACGUUCUUUGCCUUCGCCUCGAAUUCUGUCUCUGAUUUUCCAUCGAUCAGAACUUUCGGCAUGUUCUGCGCUUGCCUAAUUCUUACAAAUUUCUUCAUUGACUUCUCCUUCUUCCUGGCCAUUGUCUGUGCAGACGAGCGCCUGAAGCGCCCAAAACCGGCAGCGCCAAAGCCGCCUGUCGAGGAGGCGGACACGUUGAGGCCCAUGGAGAAGUGGUUCCAUGACACCUUCUUCCUGUUCGUGAAGACUUUCAAGUUCCCAUUGCUUGGGGUCUUCGCCGUGUGGGCAGCAGUGUGCAUGUGGACUGCUACAUAUGUCACGCCGGACCCGAACAUGCCGAAGGUCUUCAUGCCAAGCGACAACUACGAACGCUUUCUGCCAACGCUAGCCAAGAGAUACGAGAAGACCUUCAAUCCGUUCAGGUUGAAGGUGCGGAUCCAUUUGGGCAUCGAUGCAGAUGAUCCCAUCAAUCGAGGAACCACACCUGACUACAAUGACUGCUUCUUCAACUGUGCGGGUCAGCGGCCCAAUUACCUGGAUCUCUUCGCCACCGCUGGUGAUAAGAGUGAGGAGUCAAAGAGCAAGCAGAUUCGAAUGCAGAGGGUGGUCCAAAAACUUUGUGAUGUGUUGGACGAUGCCUCAGAGUGGGACGGUGAAGCUUCCCAGCUGGAUGGGCUUCAAGGAGAGUUUCCGUUCCUUCAAGUGGCUACUGCAGAAACUCUUGGGGGCCUGCCGCCGCUGAAAUGUGUUUUCAGGGACUUCGAGCACUGGAUCAACAUGAUGAACGCGGCAGCCAAGCACUCCGCUGGUGCGGAAGAAAUGAAGGAAUUUCCUUCCAGCAACUUCUGUUGUGGUGUUGACUCAGACUUUGUCAAAUUUCUGUCGUCCCCCAUGCCUCCUUCAAACAAGAUGUAUCAGUCUGGGCAGCGCAACAUGGAGUUCUUCCAGGACGAGGUUUUCUUUGACCGCGUAGAUGGUGAAUUGGUGCUGAGAGCGAUUGUCAUCGAAGUGGCGUUGAAAACAACCUGGCAGAUCCCGUAUCUGGAUGGAAUUGAGCUGAACCGCCACUGGGACAAGUUUGUCGCAGAUUUUGCCCAGGAGGAGGCAAAGCAGGAGAUGCUGCCAAUGCUCCCAAAGGCGAUCUUCGCCACAGACAUGUUCGCCUUCCACUGGUUCCAGGUUCAGGAUGCGAUGAACUCGGAGGUCUUCGAUGGCAUCAAGCUCUCCCUGUUUCUGGCCUUCCUGGUGCUGCUGGGAGCCACUCAGAACCUUUUCCUGGCGCUCAUCUCGGUUUCGUGCAUCGUUGCCAUCGUUUCCUCCGUCCUGGCCUUUGCCGUGUGCAUGGACUGGAAGACCAGCGUGUCGGAGGCAAUUAUCUACGUGAUGGUCAUCGGGCUUUCGGUGGACUACGUGAUCCAUUUAGGCGAUGCCUAUCUGGAAUGUCCGGAUGAGAGCCGUGAGGAGCGUGUGCAGUUCAUGGUGACCAAGAUGGGGGUCUCCGUGAUCUCUGGGGCUAUCUCCUCUGCAGGAGCUGCGGUCUUCAUGACUUUCUGCCAGAGCCUGUUUCUGAUCAAGUUUGGGAUUGUCAUUUGCUUCGUCAUCAGCGUCUCCGUGGUGACUUCUUUGAUCUUCUUUUCGGCGCUCCUCCUGAUUGCUGGCCCAAGUGGCGAGUCCGGCAGCUUUGCGCCCAUUCUGCGCUGGCUGGGUGUGUUGAAGAAGCCAGUGGAACCAGCUCAGGGAGAUGGGGACCAGCCGCCUGAAGAGCCGCAGAAAGUUCAGCCGCGCUUGUACUCCUCCGUCGUGAGAUAUCGGAAGAGCCUGGUUCGCGCAAGUGUGGCCCAUGCUGAUGCCCAACAGCUAGCUCGGCAGUUGGGUGUUGACAAUGCGGAGCCAGCUCGUGAGAUCGAGAUGGUGGCAGUUCCAGGCUCACAGGAAGCUGACAGCGGAGGCUUAAGCAUAGUGCGGGAGCGCUCCGAGGCGGCAUCAGAGAGGCCUAUCGCACAUGAAGCUUCCGAAGUUGUCGAUCUUCGUGACCUUCGAGACUGA